AUGAAGCUCAAACUUGUGGUGCCCAAACCCGAGCUCACUGACAAGGAAGACAAAGCCCAGCGACCAUGGCGAAGGUUGGGGAUGAAGCUCUCAGCCCCAGCAGCCGUCGGGGUGCUGCUGGCCCUGGCCCUGCUGGCACUCAUCCACCUGCCCCCACCACCGGACCACUCCCCACUCCCACUGCCAGCCUCGUCCCCCCCAGGUCCCCCACAGGAGGUGGCUGACCCGCUAUCUGGAGGACAAGGCCGCAGAGAAAGGCUCCCUGUGCCCCUCACUCGCUCACGGCGGGACCAGCCCCCUGGCCGGGGCAGGAGGCGGCGCCGGGGUGUGGAGAGGGAAACUCCCCUGUGGCUCUCUGAGGAUGACCUCCAGAAGAUGCAGCUGCUGGCCAGUGGGCAGGUGGUCUCCAAGACCCGCAUACCUGCCCAUGGGCAAGUCAUGCGAGUGGGGCUGCAGCUCGUGGGAGAUGCCAAAGGGAAUGUCUUGCCAGCCAGCCCAGAGAGGGACUGCCAGGAUGGGCGCUGUGGGCUCAUCAAGCGCCCCGGGGACCUCUAUGAGGUGCUGGCCUUCCACCUGGACAGGGUGCUGGGGCUGAACCGCAGCCUGCCCGCUGUGGCCCGGCGCUUCACCAGCCACCUCCUGCCCUACAGCUACACCGACGGCUCCCUGCGCCCCAUCAUCUGGUGGGCUCCUGACCUCCAGCACCUGGAGGAUGCCAACAACGACCAGAAUUCCUGUGCCUUGGGGUGGCUGCAGUAUCAGGAUAUGCUGCAGCCCCACAGACUGACGCUGGUGGCUGGGGAUGCCCCCUGCUCCAGAAUCCCACAUGGCGAGUGGAGCCGCCUGGCCCUCUUUGACUUUCUUCUCCAGGUUCAUGACCGCCUGGACCGCUACUGCUGUGGGUUUCAGCCUGAUCCCUCCGAGCCCUGCAUGGAGGAGAUGCUCCACGAGAAGUGCCGGAACCCAGAAGAGCUGGUCCUGGUCCACAUCCUGGUCCGGAGGAGUGCGCCAUCCCGCCUGGUGUUCAUCGACAACGCGGGCAGGCCACGGCACCCUGAGGAGAAGCUCAACUUCAGGCUCCUUCAAGGCAUAGACAGCUUUCCAGCGGCGGCAGUGGCCACGCUGCGAUCAGGCAGACUGCAGAGCCUGCUGCUGGAGUCACUGCGUGUGGACCGGGAGCUCUGGGAGAGCCAGGGCGGUGCCAAGGGCCUGAUACCCCUGCUUCAGACCAUUGACAGGCGGGCACGGAUCCUGCUCAGGUACAUCCAAGAGCACAACCUGACGGUGUUUGAGGACUUGCCAUGCUGAACUGACCUCCAGUCAGCACAGAGUUCCUGCCUGGCAAAUCCCAACGGCAACAGAUGUGCCUCACGCCCUCAGCAUGGGUGAUAUGAGACUGCUUGGCUCUCCACAAGGUGUUUCCCUCCACCUUGUAGAAUGCUCUGGAAAAGCAGAUGGGAUCACAGGGAGUGGGAAAGACAAGGAGGAGAUGUCUCCUGAGACAACCCACAACUGCUUGAGAAAGGCAACAGUCAUCAAGUCAUGGUCUCAGCAUGGAUUUUCAAAGGAGGGGCAUAUCCAUGAGAUUUUUGAGUGCCUUCAC